AUGUAUUCUCUGAAAGCAGCUAUGGAGUGGGACGAAGAUGUUUUUGGACUUGAAUAUGACCUGGACCUCUUCAAUAUUGUUGUUGUGCCAGAUUUUAAUAUGGGGGCCAUGGAAAAAAAAAGCUUGAAUAUUUUCAAUUCCAAGCUUGUACUGGCUUCUCCAGAGACUGCUUCAGAUGCAGAUUAUGCUGCAAUAUUAGGAGUUAUUGGCCACGAGUAUUUCCAUAAUUGGACUGGCAACAGAGUGACAUGUCGCGACUGGUUCCAGCUUAGUCUGAAGGAAGGUCUCACUAUUUUUCGUGAUAAGGAAUUCUCAUCUAACAUGGGAAGUCGUAUUGUAAAGCGGAUUGGUGAUGUUUCAAAACUUCAGAAUUACCAGUUUCCACAGGACGAAGGUCCCAUGGCCCAUCCAGUGCGACCACACUCUUACAUCAAGAUGGACAAUUUCUACACAGUCACGGUCUAUGAAAAGGGGGCUGAAGUUGUUCGAAUGUACAAAACCUUAUUGGGAAAUCAAGGGUUUCGAAAGGGCAUGGAUCUAUAUUUUAAGAGACAUGAUGGGCAAGCUGCUGGGACUCCAGUUGUUAAAGUAAAUACUUCUUAUAAUGCAGAAGGACAUACAUUUUCCUUGAAGAUUAGUCAAGAGAUACCACCAACUCCAGGGCAGUCAGUUAAGGAACCCACGUUAAUUCCUAUUGCAGUAGGUUUGCUUGAUUCAAAUGGCAAGGACAUUCCUCUUUCCUCUAUUUAUCAUAACGGAGCUUUGCAACCCGUUUCAAGCAGUGGCCAAUCAGUAUCCACUACAGUCCUUAGAGUCACUAAGAAAGAAGAAGAGUUUGUAUUCACUGAUAUAUUUGAGAAGCCUGUUCCAUCUUUGUUAAGGGGAUACAGUGCUCCUAUUCGUCUUCAAUCUGAUCUUACUGAGGACGACCUGUUUUUCCUAUUAGCCAAUGAUUCUGAUGAAUUCAACCGAUGGGAGGCUGGACAAAUUUUGGCACGAAAAUUGAUGCUCAACUUGGUGGAUGAUUUCCAAAAUAAUAAGCCAUUGGUUUUAAAUUCCAAUUUUGUUGGUGGGCUCAAGCGUAUACUAACUGACUCAAGUCUGGACAAAGAAUUUGUGGCCAAGGCAAUAACUCUGCCUGGCGAGGGAGAAAUGAUGGACUUGAUGGAAGUUGUAGACCCUGAUGUUGUUCAUACUGUUCGGUCUUUCAUCAGAAAGCAGCUUGCUAGUGAACUGAAAUCAGAGUUCCUUAGCACUGUAGAAAAUAAUAAGAGCUCAGGAGAGUAUGUGUUUGAUCAUUCAAACAUGUCUAGACGAGCUUUGAAGAAUGUUUCUCUUACUUAUCUUGCUUCCCUUGAGGAUCAAGAAUUCACCGACCUUGCACUUCAAGAAUACAAAACUGCUACAAAUAUGACUGAACAGUUUGCAGCAUUGGCAUCCAUAGCCCAGAACCCUGUUAAAAUUCGUGAUGAUGUUCUUGCUGACUUUUAUGAGAAGUGGCAAAAUGAUUACUUGGUUGUGAACAAAUGGUUUGCUCUUCAAGCUGUGUCUGACAUUCCUGGUAAUGUUGAGAAUGUGCAGAAACUGUUAAGCCACCCAACAUUUGACUUGCACAAUCCCAAUAAAGUGUACUCUCUCAUUGGAGGUUUCUGCGGGCUCCCUGUGAAUUUCCAUGCAAAGGAUGGAUAUGGCUAUGAGUUUAUGGGAGAUAUUGUGCUGCAACUUGACAAAAUAAAUCCUCAGGUUGCAUCAAGAAUGGUGUCAGCCUUCUCAAGAUGGAAACGUUAUGACGAGACCAGACAAAAACUUGCAAAGGCCCAGUUGGAGAAGAUCUUGUCUUCUAAUGGCCUAUCAAAGAAUGUGGUAUAG